AUGUCCUCCAUUCGUACAGCAGUUUCGAUUUUCGAGGCCACCAUGCGCAAGAACGAAGAGCUUGGCUGCAGCGAUAAGUCGUACAUUUCCGUUUUUGCCAAGCAAUUUCCUUCCGCCUCUCAUUAUGGUAAGAGCAGAGGACGAUUCGGGAGCACCGAAAUUCAGUCUGAUGCUUCGAGUUCGGUAGGCCAACAGCAUCCUUUCGAAUCUCAAAUGGGUUGCGAGAUCAGUGUGCCGGAUACGACAGAAUCCUCGUAUUCCAUAGAUUGUAGCGACAAUUCCUUUGACCUGGCGAUUUCCAUGCCAGUACAAGUUCGCUCGAUUGCCAUCGAUCGGGGAUAA